GAAGAAGAGGACUUGAUCCCCCUCAGCCCUCCUCCCACGCUUUCCAUCACCGAAGAGAUCCUGGAGUUCAUCAACCAGAGCCGAGCCAGAGAAGGACUCACUGCCUUUCACACCAACACAACGGAGCUGGAUCUACCCAAAGACAGUCAGCCCUCGUCUAACCAGACAAACUUCACCUGCCCACUUCCCCCUGUUGCCUUCUCUUCCAGCCCUGAUCAAAGAGCAACAACUGAACAAGAGCAGGACAGAGCAGACAUGGAGAAAGACAUCCCCCUUCAAAGUCAGACUGGUCGCUCUGGAGAUGAACAUGGACUUGACAUUGAGAAAACUAUUGAUGAAGUCGUAGAAGCUUCAGAAGAAGCAAGUCCAGUUGAGAAAGGAUUGGAGGGAGAUGGAGAGACACGAGGUGAAGUUGCAGAAAAGGCCAAAGAAGAGGUGAUAACAAGGGAUGAAAGUGAGGAAGAGUGCACCAUCAUUGCCCCAAUACAAGAUCUUCAUGCCUCAAUCUUGACAGAAGAACCACCUCCGUUACCAAAGGAAGAGGAAAACAAUGAGGCUACCUCUUCCUCCCAAAAUCCUGAUGUCCUUCAUCACCCUCUCCAGAGGCGCAAUCCACCCACAAGAGGCUCCCACCUCACAAAACGAGACAAAAAGAUCAUAGAAAAGAUUAGGAGUUACUAUGAGGCAGCAGCUGAGGCCGAGGAGGAUGAGGAAGAAGAGGAAGACGAACAGGGAGAAGGAGUGGAUUCAAGAAGGAGAAACAGUUUCUCACAAAUUCCAUCUGGCUUGGUGAAGGAGUCAGUGUCACGGUUUGAUGUGACUGAACACCAGGGGGAGCCAGAAGCUGGACCAUCAAUUGCUUUAGAAACAACUGAAGUUAUCAAUGUAGAGAGUGAUCGAGAGACAGAGCCCUGUUCCCCCAUUGGUCCCAUGUCCCCCGCUUCUGCACUAGUGGCUGAUACAGACAAUGAUGAACAGCCAACUAACUCAAUCAGCAGCCAGGAUUUUAAUGCAGAAGGCCCAAUCCAGUCUGCAACGCUCUCUGUCAUGCAGGAUGGGGAGGCCCCGGACCAAGUGUGUUUGAAUCAGCAGUCAAACCCCAAAAGGCAUGAUAGAGAAGCGGCUGAGAAACAAGAUAAAAAUGAAAAGUCCUGCAAAGUAACUUUGGAGGAAGCACCUGAGGAGAGGCACGAGGAGUGGGAGACAUGUGUUGAAGCCACUGGGGAGCAAGGUGGAAAUUCACUGCAAGGAGUGGGACCAUCUAGUAAUGAACAGUACAGGUCCAGAGAUGAAACAACCAAAACAAGUGCUGGACACCAAUCUGUAAUGAAUGGGCAUGAACCUAAGCGAGCAGGCCAAAUAGAAGCAAAUGGAGGCCAUAACGAUCCCUCAAAACCCCUGACCAAAACUCAGUCAUCUUGGACUAGAACCAAACAAGAAGAACUUACCAAGAAUUGUGGGAAUCUUGAGGGUAUUCCCAGUCAGAUAAAAGUGGGUCGGUGGUCACGCCACUCCAGGAUUGUCACAGCAAACAGAGCCUUGUUUGAGGGCCGGGCAUCUGACAUAGCAGGUAUUGGGUUAUUCGAGGCCAGCCCUGUAGUUGAUCAUGUGCUGAUGGAGAACUCGGAGCGAAUUCUAAGCAAAGUCCAAACCCUGGCCAAGAUGUACAGUGUCAAAGCCAACACCAUGAAGGUCCCACUGCAUCAGAAACGGGCCAUUGCAGUACGGAAUCAGUUAUCAGUCUCAAGUAGACUGUCUGGACUUUCGUCUCAAACUAAAACUAAAUGCCAGACUCAGGAUGUAUCUCAAACCCAAGUACGGAACCCCACAGGGUACUGGCAGCAAGCAAAAUACCAAAUGGAAAUCAGAGAAUCGGAUACCUACACAGACAUGAAAUAUAGGACCCAAAGUCACUCAGAAGCCAAAGCUCAAAGCAAAAGCAUAACGCAACCUAUUUACACAAAAAGCCAGAGUCAGGCACUGACACAUUGCCAAAACCAGAGCAAGACUUACAGCAGGUGCCAGAAACCAACCAUUAACCAGGUGGACCAAGUGAUUCAAGACAAGAAGAUGAUAAAGAGAGCACAGAGCCUGACCACUGAUUCCCAGGAGAAAGGGAUGGCCCCCUGUGAGCCUCUGCUUUUUGGUCAUGUGUUUGUCAAAGAGCAGUUGACCCCAACCAUUCCUCAACAGACAAGUGGAAUAAUUCUAUCCAGGCCAAGGGACUUCAUCUCUGCCUUGACCAAGGAAAGAGACUCCAUUGUGGGCUGUAUAUCAGAUGACAUUUGCCAGUAUUCCACCACUCCUGGGGAAAACGCAUCUACCCUUCUAAGGGAUCAGUCAUCUAUUCAGACCCAGAAUAACAGCUACAACUCAGGAUGCUGUUCAGCUGAAAGGUCAUCUACAGCAUCCAGAUACCCCCACAAAACCCAACCUGAAGAUCAGAGCUUCAGUUUGUGCUGCUCCGCCAAUAAUAGCCCCUUGAUGCCAACAAAGACCCUGGAUUGUAGAACCACCAACUGUUCAACUUCUUCCACAGGGAGAGGCGAAGUCCUGAAACCAAAUGGGGAGAUUGAACAGACAGACAAAAGAGAGGGGUCGGAGCUGAAUGAUGGAUGGCCUAUUAACUCAAUCAUAGAUGACUCAACAUCUGCAAACAUCGUUUGCAAACCUGUGCAGUCUGGGCCAAGUCUUUCCGAUCACUGCAUACCACAGUUGGAUUUUUCCAAAGAAGAAAAGAAGCAGGACAAAAACAAGCCAAAUAUGCCAGCUGCAGAUGUACUGGAAUACAAAUUUUCCAUGGAACAUAGUGAUAGCAAAGACAUAUUAAACAAAAGUGUGCAGAGUUUUCAUACAGGGCCUGAAUACUUGGUUUGCCCAAGAACUGAGGAUGAGGAGGAAUACCCAGGACAACUGGUGGCAAUGGUGGCCUCUACACAGAACCAGGUUCUAACAGACCAAGGUGUGGUCUGUGGGAAGGCUCGGAUGGAAACAGUAAACCUAUUGGAGGAUUGUGUCACAACCCUGGGGCCUUCUGGAGGGCCAAAGAAAGAUCAGAACCUAACUACACAAACAGAAUUAAAUGAGAAAAUGUGUUAUUUGAAUGAUUAUUCAUCACAAACCAGGAUGACUCCACAAGGUUCAACAAUAACCUUUACAGAGCAGCCACAUCAUCACAUAUACCCAGGAGAACUUGCUGUUCCACCCCCUCUGUGUCAGCCUUUGCACAAGACCUCUGAACCUUCACACAUAUUCAGCCAUACAGUGAGAGAAACUGCAGAGGACCACACAGCAAAAGGAAGGGAGGCACCCAAUCUGUGGUCUUUGACUCAAAAUCCAGUAUCACCACCUCCAUGUGUGCAGUCCUUUGAUUCCCUACCUACAUUCACCAGCCAACGGCCACCAGCCCAGUCCACUACACUGGGUGAUCAGGCUGUGUCUAUAACCAGGAAUGUCAAAAGCCCAUCUCCAUAUGAACAUAGUUUCAGGGAACCAGACCAACAGAGCUCAAGAAACCCCUGCUGCCUGCCCACUUCCAGUGUCCACUCAGACAGCCACCCAUCUUUUAGACCAUCCUUGGAAAUCUCCAGCCAGGAGGAGAGACCAUACUCAGGCAUUUCCACUCAUGGACAGGACCAAAAUCCCACUACAACACCCUCAGCCUUUCUACCCAGACAUCACUCCCCUUCCCCUGUUAAAGCUCUUCCAACCUCUACUGUGUCCUCUGUAGGAACAACUCCUUGCUCUUCACCAUUUAGGGUGAUCCCUGCAUCUUCACCCAUCCCUCUGUCUCAUGAUGAUACCUCCCUGAACACUUUCUCCAGGGCUCCUCCCUGUUUCUCUCCAACUCUCCCAUCUGGUAUAGGCUCCUCAAUUCAAGAUCCUACUUCCUCCUCUCCAGCUCCAUCUUCUGCUUUUACUCCCUCAUCUUCAACCUCCUCUUCUUGGAGGUCGUCAUCCAUAAGAGCAGGUCCUCCACCCUCCCCUUCUUCUCUCCGCUCUCCUGCAUGCUCCUCUCCCGUCAGUUCUUCUUCUGCAUUCACCCGAUCCUUAGCAGCAUCCUGCAUUAGCCAGUCCAUAAGUCAGAGUUUGGCAAGAAAGAAUACUGCCAUGCAACAAGCCCCGCAAAUAAACAGAGUCAACCAAAGCCCCUCCUCUCACCUACGACAACGGUCUCCUUCACCUAAACUCCCUCCCAGUCAGCAGAGCUCUAAAGAUGGUUACCACCAUCUAAGGAGUCCACCAUCCUCUCCCUGGUCCACUUGCCCUUCUCCAUCUCCCAUGCAGUCACCCCCUCCCCCUCUUUCCCAACACUCGCCUUCCCAGUUUAUGAUUCCAGCCCAUCAGCAGCCUCCCUGUCCUUCUUCCCCUUCCCCUCGUCCCUCAUUCCUUCAUGCCAAAAUUGACUCAUCAAAGAAUGCAAACAACAACAACAAUAACAAUGGGGGUUGGACUGCAAGUUCACAGAAGGUACCACUUGCUAACGGUAGCACUAAUGCCAAAGUAAUGCAACAAACCCAUGAUCCUCUCAGCUCAGCAUCCCAUAAUCGUGUGGCUCGGCCUUUUUCUGCAUCUGAGCCCAGCUCCAGAGUUCAGUCCCCAUCACCAACCCCAGCCAAUUCAUCAUUUACUCGCCUCUGCUCCCCACCUCCACAGCAUAAUUACUCCUCCCCCAUUGCACACAAACCUCCCCAUCCCCGGAGCACACGAGUAGGAGAUGCAAGUUCCCAUAAUCCACUAGGCCUAACUUUGGAGCUACCCAGGGCUUCUUCUUCAAGUUCAGCGUUUGGUCAGUCGGCCACAUGUCUGAGUCCUCGGAUACUCUCCCCUCCACCUAUUGGUGUGUCAGUGAAUGUUUGGACAAAUAAUGUUGCAGUACCUCAACCAAGAAACCCUAGACAUUCUUUCUCUUCUCAUUCUCAUUCAUUUGCUUCCUCACUAGGCUUGCAAACACAGGAGACUGCCUUUUGUCCCAAUUCCUCUUCUACUUUGGUCUCACUUCGUAGUUCCAGAGCCUCCUCACCAUCCACAUCCUGCCCCCCUGCAUCCCAAACAACCUCUCAAACCCUUCACAGGUCUUUCUCUUCCAACCUGGCAGAUAGGCCCCCUAGCCCAGCCAGGAGCAACCCAAGUGGAAUGCGCCGCUCCUGGGCAGACAGCAGCCGCAGGUCCCUUGGUUUUAGUGGUAGUGGGCGGGGGUCCUUUGACCAACAGAACUCCUGUCCAACCAGUCCAAGGAGUGGAUGGUCCUCUUACAGUAGCUCACCAUCCUGCCUUAGCCCUCAAGCUGGGCUUCAAUCCCCACUGUCACCGAGCAGGCUCUCUACAGGCAGGGGUUCCCUUGGUGGUCAGCAUUUCACGAGCGUUCCAUGGCCUGAUGUACGAGAGCUUUCACAUAAAUACAAUGGAUCUGAAAGCCUUGACACCAGUGCUACCUCCACCAUCAGCGCCUCCUCUCCUGUAUCCUCACUUACUCACACCCUCCUCUCCUCUCCAGCUCCAUCAGACAACCAGGCAGGAUGGGGUGACCCCGAGCUAGAAGAAGGUCAUUGUCGUAGCCAGCUGAUCUGUGCCUAUGUUGCUCGGCCCUCCGGUGAACAAAACAUCUCCUCUCCUCCACCUAUCUCCAACCCACACCACAACUACCAAUCCCCAGUUAAAACACAGCCACAGGUCCAAAUCAACACCACAAUAUCCCCUGUGUCUUCCAUCUCUUCCCCGUUGACCCCAAGCUCCUCCCCACUUCCCUUUGCCCAUUCACACCCUGGAAAACAAGGGAACCAGAAGACCAGUUAUGCAACUACAGUGAACCUCCAGAUUGCUGGAAGUGGCAGGAUUACUUCCUUUAGCACUGCCCAAGUUAGCCUGACCCAAACCUUGCAGGGUGGCGCUGGAGCUGGAGGACAAGGACAGGGUCAGAUGACAAGGAGAGUUAGUAUCAACGGACUUGCACACCUUCCUUCCCAUAUUCAACAGAACUGCGAUGGACUGUGAAAGAAAGAAAAUGUUCUUUUCAUGGCAUUAUCAGACAAGAAGGGUUAAAACAAAAUGUGAGGGUAAGAAAAAAGGCAUUACUUGGGGUGCACUUGUGUUUACACCCUGUACAACCACGACACAACCUAAGCUUCUGAAGUUGCUGUGGCAAUGCAGAUUACCAGUCAGUUGGCAGGACAUUCAGAUUUUACGUUGUGAAGCCAACCAAAGCAACUCCAUGAGUCCCCCAUGUUGAAGACAAACUUUCUUAAAUGAUGAAGAAUGGGGUAUUUCAACCUGAGACUAAGUGUGCACCUAAGGGACACAAUGAAUGUGGUCAGCUGUAUUUGAUGUUGAUUUUAGGACAUUUCCCUCAUGGUGAUGGGAUACCUUUGUAGUCAGAUGUUAUGAAGACUAGGAAAUUGAAACUUGGUGGCUUCUGUAUAACUUUUUACCCAAAGGUUAAUCUUGUGACCUUUUAGGAAUGGGAUAUAAUCUUUCUUGAGGAGCAGCCCGCACAUAGCUCUAAUGAAAUUGUUUUAAGUCAAAGAGGAAUAUUCUAAAGACAAUUGCGAUGAAUUUAUAGAAGUAGAAUUGAAAAGUUAAGGUUACUCUUCAGUCCUUGCAAUUCAGCCAGACUGAAGUUGUUUUUGAAAUGUACUUCCUUAGGUGCUCUGGACUCUGUUGUGGAUGUAAAGACUUAUUCAAGAGAACAGAUAGAUGUUUUCAAAGACAUUUAAGCCAGUAGUGUUUAGCAUUUAAGGAGCUAGAGGGAAUCCAUUUUUGCUAGUCCUGCAAAGACAGAUGUGUUUAAGCCAUCCAGUGCUGUAUACAAUCACAGUUAAUGUAAUAUAUCUUUGUUAUAGUUUUACGUUUGUCCUAUUUCUAAUCUUCUAUUGAGCAUACACCGAUUUCUGGCUAUUUGAUGCCAAUGUUUAUGUUUGGUGUUAACUGUGGUUUUUGAUAUUCUUUUUUUUAAUCAUUUUAUAAUUUUGUUUUAUUAUUUUAUUGAUUAUUUAUGAUGUUAGUCAUAUUCUCUUUGGCACUUAUUAUCCUUAAGGUAAUGUUGGUAUUUUGCACAGUGUCCUCAACUCUUGGCUGCAUGCAUCAAGUGUUUGUGUGUGUGUGUGUAUGUGUGUGUGUGUGUGUGUGUGUGUGUGUGUGUGUGUGUGUGUGUGUGUGUGUGUCAGUGAGUGCUUGUGUGUGUGUCUAUGUGUUUUUUUAAAAUGACGUGUCUGGCAAGUUUUUAUUUAACUUCGGACCAAGCCAAUAUCUACGUGGUUUUAGUGCUGAAUUCAUUUCCAUAUUAAUGUAUCUAAUGUCUUGACUUUUCACUCCUUCUGUUGUCCGUCUCCUUCACAUACCUUGGAAGUCGAGCAUUACUUGGAUGUCCAAAGUUGUAAGAGAAAGUCGACCAGGUGGAAACACAUGCAGGAUCUCUCAAUAGGAAUGAAGGUUUUACACAUAGACUGUAUAUAAGAAAUGGACGGAGUCUCAAGCUUUAAGAGUGAAGCCCAACCUGCAUUAUUUAUAUAUUUGGUCUUUUGCAAAAUAGGUUGGAAUUUGCAAGUCUAUGACAUAAUGGCAUUACUUCUCAGUUAAUUUAUUCUUUUAGUUAACAUAUUUCUAAUGUGUUAAUGAUCUAAAUAUCUAGUUUCAAGUCUUCUUCUGAACAUAUUGAUGUUUCCUUCCAAAUUAUUGUCCCAUUUAGGGUCAAAUAGACCAUAAAGCAGGGGAUGAUUUAGUACCUGGCUGUAUGUGACUAACAAAUUGCUAACACGCUGACAGAAAACAUGGCACGGUCGGGUUUCAGUUGUGUGUUGUCGAUGCAAGAAACUCUAAGGAGUUGGAGAAGGUUUAGAAAUGCACAACAUGAGGCUAAAAAACCAACGGGCAACUUCCGUGUUAAAAAAUAAAACUCAAUCGAUAUGUGCAAAACACUGCAGUCCCUCAAGUGUCCACUGGAGUCUGGCUCCAAAAGCCAAAGAAUCCCCAUAUUAAAAUACCUAUUUUUACAACAGGCUGGAACCUGUUUUCAGCCUGGGACAAGAAACAUUGGGGUCCAUAGCUCAUUUCAUUAUUGCCAAAAACUAUACAGGAAGUGGAUUUUUUUAUGUAACUCACCAGUUGUAAAUGUAUUGCGACAAAUAGUUAUGCAUACGUUUGCCUUAUUAGGAUUGUGACAGAGUUGACUGACAGGUGGACUCUUAGUAGCUGUUUUCCAGGAGGUUUAAAGUCUGCCUCAGCUCCACCUCUUUGUUUCUAGAUCGAUUAAAAAGUUAGUUUGAGAUACCAUUCCUAAUAUGGCCACCACCAUUGGCUUCAAAACACCUCUUCAGAAAGCGACGUCCAUGUUUUAUAUAGUCUGUGUUCCAAUCUGAAGCCCAAAACUAGUGUGAGAUGUCACAGUGGCUUGAACCCAAUUCUUAGAUACAGUUUAUGGGUUUACUUUGAACUUGUUGUGCUCACACACAACUGACUAAACAGUGUAAUUAUUUCAUUAUGUUAACAAUCCAUGAUUCCCCUAAUGCAUGUAGAAAUCAAAAUUUUAAAAAACUUUAAGAGAUGUGUGGUACCUGAAGGCUGCUGGUGUCAAACCAGAGAGAUGGUGAUGUUUUUGAGAGCUUGUAAAAGGAAAACAAAUUGUGAAAUAUUCAUUCAGUAACUCAAAAAGUCAAUGAGAUGUAUGGAAAAUAAAGUUGUGUGGUGUAAAAUGA